AUGGACGCCCAGCAGGUCAAUUCAAUAGCAAUUCAUGACGAGAUCGAUGUCGAGUUUGACCACUCUGAAACUUCGAGCGAUGAAAACGACACGAGGGACAAUGGGGAAAAGGGGAACUCGGAACUCCAAGAUGAAAAGCAACAGCCUCAGCCGCAAAUGAACAAUGACUUGGAGCGGCAACAAACGACGAGAUCCGCGGCAUCUUACCAAGAAACAUAUCCCGAGGGCGGACUCCAGGCAUGGCUCGUGGUAGCAGGAUCCUGGUUCGCCAUGAUCGCCUCCAUGGGAUUGAUGAACAGUAUUGCCGUCUUCCAGGCCUAUACACUUAGCCACCAACUCAAGGGCACGAGCGAGAGCACCGUUGGUUGGAUUUUCUCCAUAUACACCUGGCUGGCAUUUUUUGGGGGCGUUUAUAUCGGCCCCGUCUUUGACAAGUACGGGCCAAAGUGGCUGAUUAUUGCUGGUUGCGUCUGUACUGUUGGGGCCUUGGUUGGCAUGAGCUUUUGCACCGCAGUUGGCCAUUGGUUCAAAGCGAGGCGUGGCUUUGCCACCGGGCUUGCAUCGACGGCGGGUGGUAUCGGAGGCAUCAUCUUCCCCCUCAUGCUCACUGCUUUGUUCGAGCGCAUCAGCUUUGGCUGGGCCACACGAGUCCUUGCUCUGAUAUGCUUGGUGUGCGGUCUUGUGGGCAUAAGUCUGGUCCGAUCUCGUCUUCCACCGGCCAAGAAUGCAACGGCUCAUCCCGACUUUCGCAUCUUCCGACAGAUUCCGUUCCUGCUAACCACCAUUGGUGUCUUCCUCGUGGAGUUCUCGCUCUUUAUUCCUCUGACAUACAUCACAACGUAUGCACAGUACAAGGGCUUUGAUAGCACGUUUGCCUACCACCUCCUGCCCAUCAUGAAUGCCGGCUCGGUGAUAGGCCGAGCACUCCCAGGAUAUUAUGCUGAUGUCGUCGGGGCUUUCAACGUGUGUAUCUUUUCUGUGGUCUUCUCCUUCAUAUCAUGUCUGUGCGUGUGGCUGCCGCUGGGCCACACCAAGCCGGGCAUCAUCAUCUUCUCUUUCCUGUUUGGCUUUGGAAGUGGUAACAGCAUUGCCAUUGCACCCGUAUGUAUUGGGCGGAUGUGCAAGACACAAGAAUACGGUCGUUACUAUGCCACAACAUACACUGUCGUGUCAUUUGCAUGCUUGAUAGGCAUUCCUAUUGCCGGAAGCGUUGUGCAAGCGAAUAACGGCUCUUAUACAGGGCUCAUCAUCCUCACCAGCUGCAUCUACAUUGGUGCGGCAGUCAUACUCGUCCUUGCCAAAACAUGGAAGCUCGGCUGGAAGAAUUGGCUUGCUGCGUAUUGA